CUGUUGAGCACAUAAAUCACAUAUUUAUUACCUGACGUGGCUAAAAGCUACAGGAACGUGUAAUCGUACGAAAAAACAACGACAUUAUAUUAAACGGACAUCGGUUUAUUCGGGUUACAACUCAAAACUCGGUGCACAGGACAAUUAGAAAAUAUUUGAUUUAACAGUAGUUUCCAUGUUGUGAAACGUGCAUGUUGCAGUUGAAUAACUCUGAAUUUUCUAUUUUAAAUAUAAAGUUAGAGAAGCAUUCGUUUAAAAAUGGAAAAUGGAAAAUUUUGAUGUGUUCUAUGACUCAUGUCCGCAUAAUAUCAUAUCUAAUCAAUCAGUUGAAAAGGAUACAACAACAACGCGAAAAGAGAACGGUACAAAUUUUAGAACAAUUUGUGAUAUAUCCAAUGUGGAUCGGUGCCGGUCGGAAAAAUUGAUCAGGCCAAAUGUAGCUCGAAAGUAUCGCAGUGUUUAUUUGAAGAAAUAUGUGUGGUCAAAAGGAGUAAGGCAUUAUCGUCGUUAUAAAAAAGCAUUUGUGAUUCCGGUAAUACAUGUGUCACGUAGACCCGAUAAUCCAUUUAAUGUUAAAACUGUGGUGGAGAAUUUAAAAAGGAAACAAAUGACGAGCCCAUUGCAUAAAACGACCGACAGCAAUGAACAUUUAUCUGUGGGCGAAGAAUUGUGUUGUAGAUUCUAGUCUGGAAAAGCAAAUAGUUAAGACGAGGAAUUGGGAAGCGAUACGAUACAAAUAUCAAUUAGAUUACAAGGAAAGGUUAAAAAUGGAACGAGAAAAUUAUUUAAAAAAAUGCGCAGACAUGAAGGAAAUGUCUCAGAAACAGCACAACGUUGAACAUUUGAGACAGUUUCAUCCAAAUACGGACGAAUGUAUAAGAAAAGGGCCGUAUAGUGCUGUUGUAUCAAAUGAAGAGUUGAUAGUGGAUCCAGUACAUUCCAAUCGGCACAUAGAUGAACGACAAAAAAAUCUCGUAUCAAGCACUGAAACACAGGUUGCAGCAUUCAAUGGUGUAACAAGUGUUGCCAAUGAAUCAAAAAAUUAUUAUCCACACAUAAAGUAUGACGAUAGCGUUUGCAAAUCGAUAGAUUCAACAGACGACUAUAAAAACAGAAAUCCAUUUAAUGGAGGUGAAGUGGAGCAAAUGCAAUUCAAUAGAAAUGAGCGCGGGGAUAACAUUCAAUCGGAAGUAAAACAAAAUAAAAUAACAGUGGAUUCCAACACAGUUAUAGUAUCGCCAACUAUGGAUCAUGAAAUGCCAAAAAGAUCUCAAGAUUUCGAUUUUUCGAUUCCAUUUAACGAGUCGAAUAUCCUAGUGAAAGUAAUGACUCCUGAUCGAAAAAACCCGAGCAACGUUUGCAACCAACACCCACAACCACAUUCUCUCUUACAAAAUACGUUGCUACACGACACUAAGCCCACAAAGCCAGACUCAAAAUCAUCGAAACGGGUUCUAUCAGACGAAGAAUCGAAAACAAAUAACAUUCGACACAAUUCCGGACCCAGAAGCGAAUGGCUUCAGUACAUUCAAAAUUUAUUAAAUAAAACUACAAAAUUAGCUGAUCAUCCUGCGGAGACAUCAAAGCCCUAUUUCGACCAUUGUCCAAUUCCCACAUCAACAAUACAAAAACCAAGUGUUGCACAUGUAAAUACGACGAAUUCUCAGCUGACGAAAUACCCUGACCCUCAAUCUAUUGGUAGAGUAAAAGUAGAUCGACCAAUGGUUUCAAAUCCAAGACUAAUUAGGCCAAAAGUAAUGCACCCCAGUCCAUAUUAUCGGUCAGAUUUCUUUAGAAAUAAUCCAUUGUACAACGAGCCAAUGGAAGAUCCGAUUGUUCUCAAUAUGCCGGUACGACGACAUUCUCCAGCUUCAUUAAUACCAGACCAACCGAGUAUACCUCCGCAUAUAGAAUAUACGUACGCUAAUCGUCCAAACUAUCGACAUGACUUUAUGGUUCGAAACAUGCAAUUACCUUUAGAUAUGUCACAGUCACAUCCUAAUCUAAUGGGGCAACCAAUGUAUUCCCCAUAUGACCAACAAUAUAUGCAAUAUCCCAUUGAAAUGGAACGAAUGCCACAUCCUUACAUAGAUCGGUUCGUUCAACAUAAUAAUGUAGCUCCACCUAAUCGAAGCAUAGGCUUUCUGCCACCUAGACCGAUAGUUCCCGGUGUUUAUAGAUACUUAAACCCACAGCACGAUCACCCUUUAUGGAUUUAUCCGCAUAUGUUGGAACGGUAGUGUUGACGUCAUGAGUAUUCUUGCCAUCG